GGGGCGAGCGCGGCGAACCUGGGAAGCGGAUCUGACCGCGCAGUUCGCACCAUCAGGUCUGGGCGGGCCCAGAGAGGGACCCCCAGCCGCUGUCCCCAUGGGGAUGUGUUUUCCCUGUCCGGGGGAGACCGCGCCUCCCUCGCCGGACCUGGAAGAGAAAAGAGCAAAGCUUGCAGAAGCUGCAGAGAGAAGACAAAAGGAGGCUGCAUCUCGGGGCAUUUUGGAUGUUCGGUCUGUGGAAGAAAAGAGAAAGAAAAAAGAAAAAAUAGAAAAACAAAUUGCUGCGUCUGGGCCUCCACCAGAAGGUGGACUUAGGUGGACAGUUUCAUAAGCGUAACAUGAGUGGAAAAGUCUACUGCCAGUAACUAAUAUCUGCAAUCAAGUGGACGUCCUCAGCUUAAUUUCUUCUCUGAAUAAAUGAAGUAAUUUAUUGUAAUUGUAGUGCCAUUAAAUGCAGUCAGUGCUUUUCCAGUAUUGAUAGACUGAAACUGCUCUUGAUUUUCAAACUUAGAAAAUGGCCAGACCCUUCAUCAAAUACUUAUUUUCUUAAAUUUGCUCUUCUGCAGGUAGUGGGUGAUUUGCCAUUUUUUAGUAGUUAAAACUUGGACCUAAAUAGUGAAUGUAUAUAUAUAUAUAUAUAUAUCGCAUGCAAAACAGCUGCAUACGUCUCAGACAUUAAAGUUUGCCGUUGUA